AAAAGGUGGCGCGUGCCCUUGGGCGCUGAGACUGAGAGGUGCCUGGCGGCCACCUCGAAGACCCGGCAGUGCUGAAAACGAGUGUGGCCGAAAGAGAGCCCGCCUCGGCGCGGGCCUGGGCAGAAAGCCCAGCUCCACCGCCACGCGCUCUUAGGCCUUUGGCGCUGACUUGAGCGAGUUUGGGGACACGCAGCUCAGUUCUCGCUCCUCCUCCUUCCCCGCGGGUCCCGCCGCAGUGCCCCAGCAGCCACGACCACAGCCCAGGAGCACUGCUCUGCGCCGCUGGGGGAGGGUUGGUCCCUUGGAGUUGCUCAUCCAGCCCAACCACUCAGACAGCUUCUCCCAACCCUCGGGGCUAGCCUGAGCUGCCCGGAGAGACGUCGAAAACAGCCACGGCUCCUUCCCCUUUGCCCGGGAUGUGAGCUUUUGGCCCAUGUGUGUCCAGGAGGUCUCGGCAGUCUAAAGCGGCAACUGUGGGGGGCCUAGUGGCCCCGGGAGACCCAGGGGACAGUUAGAGCGCGCCCCUUGGAUGAGGUCCCGCAGCGACGCCCAAGCCCGCCCCACUCCUCCUCCUGCCUGGCCAAGCUGCCUCCCAUUUGGAAAGUUUUGUGGGCUUUCUUUCUCUUCCUCCAACUUUGGGGGAGGCAUCUCCUCGAGCGCCACAGCUUGAGGUGACCUUCUGGUUUGGAGGCCGGGAACCAUGGUGUGGGGCAGCCAUCGCUAAGUCAGCGAAAACUGAGCCUGGCCUGAAGCAGGCGACGCUGGAGGCCAGAGCCAUGGCCAUUGCCACGUCGGCCCAGCUCGCCCGGGCACUGUACGACAACACUGCUGAGUCCCCCCAGGAGCUGUCAUUCCGCCGAGGGGACGUUCUGCGGGUACUGCAGAGGGAAGGUGCCGGUGGACUAGACGGCUGGUGCCUUUGCUCCCUGCAUGGCCAGCAGGGCAUUGUACCUGCUAACAGAGUGAAACUCCUUCCUGCUGGCCCAGCACCCAAGCCUGGCCUCUCCCCAGCACCUCCUGCCCAACCUGGCUCGUCCUGUCCCACCCCAGAGCGUGGCAGUGAGGAGCAGGAGGUGUAUGUGGUACCACCACCAGCUCGACCCUGCCCUGCCUCAGGACCUCCAGCUAGAUCCUGUCCAUCCUCUCCCGACUCCAUCUACAAGGUCCCUAGAAUAAAUGGGACACAGCUGACUGCCCCCAGAGACGUGUCAGAGGUCUAUGAUGUGCCUCCCAGCAUCCUCCGGGCUCCCUCCAACUGUCCCUAUGACUCCCCGGCUUCCUUUUCCUGCCCUCUGACCCCAGUUGUCCCACAGCCCCCCGGAGAGGAUGAAACGCCCUACGAUGUGCCUCUUGCCUCGAAACCACCUGCAGAGCCGGAGCUGGACCUGGAGUGGGAAGGGGGGCGGGAACCAGGGCCUCCCCUGUAUGCUGCCCCUUCAAACCUGAAACGGGCCUCCGCUCUCCUCAACCUGUACGAAGCCCCUGAGGAGCUACUGGCAAACGGGGAAAGCAGGGAUGCGGAUGAAGGCAUCUAUGAUGUGCCGCUGCUCGGCCCAGAGUCUCCGUCUCCAGAGCCCCCAGGGGGUUCUUCCUCCUCCACCGACCUGGAUACCAUGGCCCAGCUUCUGACCAGAAGCCCUCCACCCCAACACAGACCCAGGCUGCCCUCCACCGAGAGCCUGUCCCGCCGCCCUCUGCCUGCCCUGCCUGUCUCUGAGGCCCCCACUCCUUCUCCAGCUCCCUCUCCUGCCCCAGGUCGAAAGGGCAGUAUCCAGGACAGGCCUCUCCCGCCUCCCCCACCCUGCCUGCCUGGUUAUGGGGGCCUCAAACCUGAGGGAGAAUCAGAACGCAGGGAGGUAGACGAAGACCCAUCCGGCCCUCACAACGAGUAUGAGGGCAUCCCGGCGGCUGAGGAAUAUGACUAUGUUCACUUGAAGGGUGUGGACAAAGCUCAGAGUUCUAGACCCGUGGAUAAAGCUUUCCUGGCGGAUCCUGAGAGGGGGCAGAUGGAACAGAAGGAAGUUCCGUCCCCAGAGGAGCCACUGGUCCUAUCCACUGGAGACCUGCAACUUCUGCACUUCUACGCAGGGCAGUGCCAGAGCCACUACUCAGCUUUGCAGAAUGCUGUGGCAGCUCUCAUGUCCAGCACCCAGGCCAACCAGCCGCCAUGUCUCUUUGUGCCCCACGGCAAGCGAGUGGUGGUGGCUGCUCACCGCCUGGUCUUUGUUGGGGAUACCCUGGGCCGGCUAGCAGCCUCUGCACCUCUGCGAGCACAGGUUGGGGCUGCAGGUACAAUGCUAGGUCAAACUUUGAGGGCCACUGUGCUUGCUGUCAAGGGGGCGGCCUUAGGUUACCCAUCUGACACUGCGGUCCAAGAGAUGGCACGAUGUGUAGCAGAGCUUGCAGGGCAGGCCCUACGCUUUACCACCCUGCUCGCCGGCCUACUCCCCUGAGGGCCUGUUGGUGCAGCCUUAGCCUCCCUGCCCAACGGAGCCCUGCUCUGAGUUGAAGGUGGCUAGAAGGCUGUGCUUGAGAGAAAGAGGAGUCUCCCCCCAUCCCUUUCAUCUCUUUCGGUCAUCUUAGCCACUCGCCUAGGCAUCUCUUCCCUGAUACCUACUGCUUUUUGUAUGAGCCAUUUUGUAUAAAUUAUUUAUAUUUAAUAUUUCUUGCUUUGUUCAGACAGGCAUCAGGCCAUCUGG